AUGUCGAUUGUGACCGACCAAGUUCGGCGCGUCGACGCCCAAAUAGACCGUAUUCUUCUGAAUCCUCUGGUUGAUUCAGAAGACGCUGUUGAGGAGCAGGAUGACGGCAACACCGAGAUCGGCGCCCGCAGCACGGCCGCAGCUGACUACUCGUCCCCGAGACUGAACGACCUCCUGCGAAUCGUGAAGAGACUCUCAACCACGUCUACUAUCAUCCUGCCUGCUGCAAGCAUCACCGGCCUUCUUCACCAGUCCGGCCUCGCCAAUGCUGAUGAGCGUUCAGAGGUCCUCGAGGCCAAGAGCCAGUAUGAGUAUGAGCUUGAGUGGUUGCUCGUCAGCAAGGCCACCACGCAGACCUAUGGCCUGAUUCUGAACACCUUCUUGGAUCAGAUCAUCCCACUAAGCCAUGACAUCUGGUACUGGGACCAGGUUCUUGGUUCUUACACCUACAGCAGUCUCUAUGCUGCUCAGACGUCGCCCAUACGCUGGUGGGUGUGGGGCAAGGACAUCUAUCAGGAAAGCAGAAUCCGAUCGACAUUUUCGCAGCGGGCCAGCCUGUUCAGCAGGUCACCACAGUCGGACAAUGACGGUCUGGCUCAAAGAUGGGGCCGGUUCUACUCCAUUGUGCGAGAAACUGUGAUGGAACGGUCACUAAAAGACGUUCAACGCAAAAUGUUCUCUACGGUAUCCUUGUGCCGAUCCGAAGCCAAGCAGAAGCAAAUACAGCUAAAGAGGCUGCGCGAAAUGACGGCGACCGGACUGGGUGUCUUGGUGGACGAAGGCCUCAAUUUUGAAAUCGACGAUGAGAAGAGUGACGUUCGCGAUCAUAGUGCCGAGUUGAGGGGUGUUGUGGAGCGAAGCGUCGCCCUCAUGGACCUGGUACUCCGAGAUGCAUCGAAUUUGGAACACCGCGUAUCUGAGUUUGAGGACAAGGUUUUCGCCGGAAUCGAGGAGGACCCCGACCUGUCGAUCCAUGCCGAGGAAGUCGUCAACAAGCCUGCGAUCGUGGCAAGGAGGCUGCUCUCCAUUCUGGAGAAGCGAAUCCCGGGACACGUCGAAGAGACGAACAAAAUUGUGGCUGCGAACGGCCGCCCGUCACGACUCGUCAGGUACUGGCUCCCUAUGGGCCUGCUCUUGGUAUCCUCUUCCACGCUUCUCCGGAUUCUGGCCAACCACAAAGCCGACAUCAUCGACUGGGUACGUGACCUCGGCGUCACAACACGGGACUUCUGGUUCAACUGGGUGGUCGAGCCAGUGCGCAAGGUUGUUGGUACGAUCCGACACGAUUCUCAAUCCGAAAUUGCCAUCAUGAGCCGUGACAGCUUGAAGGCCGACCGCGAGAGUUUGGAGCGGAUGGUGGUGGAGUUCGCAACGGACAAGCCCAGCCUUGCGGACUCCUCGUCACCCCUGACCGAGACGCAGAUUGCUGAGAUCCGUGACAAGGUCAAGGAGGGUGACGUUACACCUGUCCUCAAAGCGUACGAGAGAGACCUCCGGAAGCCUUUUGUCGGGGCCGUGAAGGGCGAUCUGGUCAGGAGUCUCCUGAUUCAGGUGCAGAAGACCAAGGUCGAUCUAGAAGUUGCUAUCAGUGGAAUUGAUGCGCUACUCAAAUCGCAGGAACUCGUCUUUGGAUUUGUGGGCCUGACACCCGGGAUUCUCGUCUCUAUCACGGUGAUCUCCUACCUGCGUGGCGUGUUCCUGAGCAACCGCAGGGGCGUUCGGCAGCAGGGCGAGCGCGUGGGCCGCUGCGUAAGAACGCUGCGGAAUAUCGACCGCAUUUUCACCGAGGCGACUCCAGUCAACGGCAUUCUCGGGUACAAGGACCAUGGUCUGCUGGUCACGGAGGUGCACAUCCUCCGAAACCUGGUACGGGUUGGAAGAUUCAUGCCUCGUGAGGUUGAGAGUGAGUUCCUCGAGGAUCUGGAGGACGUCGCAAAUGGCAAGGGUAUCCAGAUCCAGGUGAGGGCGCUGGACAGAAUCCGGUGGGCUUAUGCCAGGUGGUUGCGUGCCAAUUAG